AUGUGGCUGGCAUUGGGGAUCGUUUCUCCUGUCAGUGUGAUCGUCGUGGCCCACACCUCGGUGAUUGUUUACAUAUAUCGUCACUGGAAAUUAAGUGACGCAAAUAAGAAAGCGCAGAUGAGCACCAGUGAGGAGCAAUUGUGGAGAAUGCGGAAACGGAUGAAAGAAAUUGCUUUGAGCACUGCGGCCGUGGCUGGUACCCUACUGAUUUGCAACGCGUUUGAUAUAACAACUUACGUGCUACAAUCUGCGGGUUUAUACAAAUACAUAAACCUGUCGCUUUCUCAACAAGCUGGGGUGGUACCGAUCAUCAUGUCCAGUUGUAUUGUUCCGUGCAUUCUCGUUGCCAGUAUCAAAUCUUUGAGACGCUACUUUCGUAAGAAUAUCGUUUUCGGUUUAUUGCGAAAGUUGCGCUUGAUUCGAAUGGGCACGACAACACCAAGUCAGUCAAGAACCGAAGGAGAUUCGACCACUGUGACCAAUGUGAACCGUAACACUCGCUGA